AUGGCUAAUGAUAAGAAUGAGUCAACAGAAAGGCCAGGUUUCAUAAUAGUGAAGUGGGUCUUGCUCAAGGGUGAACCAACAGUUGUGAAGUUGAAAGGUUCUUUAUCUGAGUUCACAGAUUUGAAUAAUUUUUCUUCUUGUCUCAAACAGAAAUUUGAUGAAUUAAAAAAUGUCAAGCCACAAAAACCAUCAAAACCGCUUGUCAUCCGGUACCCAUUGUCUGAUGCAAAUAGCGAAUAUCAAAUGCCACAUACAAGUGGCUUCUGGAGUCUUUUGAGAGAAGCCAUCAUAGAAAGAUUCGAUAAGGAUGUGUUUCAGGAUAUGUUGAAACAAGAUCAUACAUCUCUUGAUACUAAACUUGAGGAAAAAUACUAUACACUUUGUAAUGAGAUAAAAAACAAGGCAACAUCAUGUGAAUUCAUAUCAAUUUUCAUGAACACUGCAGUCCGACAUGUUCAACUUCAUGUAAAUGAGAACACAUGGUUAUCUGUAGAAGUUGAGCUUGAUGGAAGUUGCAGUUAUGAUUACGCAGAUUAUGCUGUAUAUAUUCAAGAUAACAUAGUAUUAGUAGAUGAAGCCAAAUGGAAAGAUCUUGUUGAAGGCAUAGCUCAAUACGUUAUGGAAAUGUACACUUUAGUAGAAAAGUUAGAAAGACCAAUAGUUGAAAUUUCUGAGAAAUAUGUAUGUAGAUUCAAAGAAGAUACGAAAAACUCAAAGGAUGUGAUUGAGUAUAUCAUACGAAUUCUUCUAACACAAGCCACAUCAUUUCUAAAUGAUAACAGAAAUAAUAAACAUAUUUCAAAAUGCAAUAAAUCAGAGUAG